GAAAAAAGGUUUGAGCUUUGAGGAGAAGAGAGCUCGCAUGAUGGAGAUCUUCUUUGAAACAUGUCUUUUAUGUUUUGCGCAGAAAGAUGUGUUCCAGUUGAAGGAUAUAGAGAAGAUUGCUCCAAAGGAAAAAGGGAUUACCUCAAUGUCAGUGAAAGAGAUUCUGCAGAGCUUAGUUGAUGAUGGCAUGGUGGACACUGAUAGAAUUGGAACUUCCAAUUAUUUCUGGGCUUUUCCAAGUAAAGCUCUUCAUGCCAGGAAGCGUAAAUUGGGAGAAUUGGAGUCUCAGUUUGCUGAAAGCAAUCAGAAAAAAGAGGCUUUACAAAAAAGCAUUGAGAAGUCAAAAGUUGGACGUGAAGAUACUGCAGAACGUGCAGCUCUAAUAAAGGAACUUGCUGCCCUUCGACAGAAAAAAGAGCAGCUAAAGGCAGAAAUAGACAAAUACAGAGAAUGUGACCCAGAUGUCAUUGAGGAAAUGCGUCAAACAAACAAAGUAGCUAAGGAGGCAGCCAAUAGAUGGACUGAUAAUAUCUUUUCAAUAAAGUCCUGGGCCAAGCGUAAAUUUGGAUUGGAAGAGAGCAGAAUUGACAAAGGUUUUGGCAUCCCAGAAGAUUUGGAUUACAUUGAUUAGUGUUCAGCAGUUGAUGACUGACACAGUUGUACAUAGUUUGUUUAAAUAUUCUCAGCUGGCAUUUAAAUGUGUAUCUGAAUCCUCUCCAAACAGCUGACUGCUUUAUAAUUUGCAGUUUUUGUUAAAGUUGAUAAAAUGAUAAA